UUCAACAGGGAAGCACAUCGAGGGCAGACAGUUUGCAGGAGAUUUUCUUCAUCAUGGCAGAGAAUGGACACAUGAAUAAGACGGACACAGACACACCGUCCAGCUCUCAGGAGACUCAGAGUGUGAUGUCUCGCAUGAGUAAUUUACCGCUGGUGAGCUCGGCGUGUGACGCAGUGUCCAGCGUCUACAACAGCACGAAGGAGAACGUCCCCGCCCUCAGAGGGGUGAUGGAUGCUGCAGAGAGCGGGGUUCGAACCCUGAGCACGGCUGCCAGCUCGGGCACCAAACCCAUACUGAACAAAUUAGAGCCACAAAUCGCCAUGGUGAACGAAUACGCAAUUAAAGGACUGGACAAGAUGGAGGAGAAACUUCCCAUCCUGCACCAGCCGGCUGACAAGCUGGUGGACAGUGUGUACCAGUGCGUGUCCGGUGCCAAGGAUGCCGUGAUGGGCGCGGUCAUGGGUGGGGUGGAGAUGACCCGGACGGCGCUGAGCGGCGGAAUGAACACGGCCAUGGGAAGCAGAGUGGCUCAGAUGGUCAGCAGUGGGGUCGGCUUCGCUCUGACUCGCUCAGAGGACUGGGUGGAGCAGAACCUGCCGCUCACCGAGAAGGAACUGGCUGUGCUGGCAGAGCCGCUGCCGCAGGAUGAAACUCAGGCCGCGUUGACCCAGAACAUCGGCGCGUCCCAGAACUCCGCCCACAGCUACUUCGUCCGUCUGGGGAAACUCUCGGCCGUGGUCCGGGAGCGAGCCCUGGAGCUGUCCCUCAUCAAAGCCAAAAUCGCUCGAGACGCCACGCACAAAGCCGUGUCCCAGAUCGCCAGCACCCUGGACCUGUUUGAGAACGUCAGCGGGGCCAAUAAGCUGGUGGGAGCUCAGGAGCAGCUGAUGAAGAGAUGGAGGGAGUGGAAGAAGGAGGAGCAGAUCAAAGAUGGACAGGGAGGAGAGGCAGAAAAUGUGGAGGAGGACGGAGGUAAAGGUAAUGGAGAGCAGAUGGAAGGGCGUGCCCUGUCCAUGGUCCGUGGCAUGAGUGAGCAGCUCCGCGAGGCGUGCACGGGCGUCGUAUCCAGCGUCCAGGGCCUCCCCGCCACCGUCCAGGAACAGCUGAUGAGCGCCCGGCGCUCGGCCGAAGAGCUUCACUCAUCGCUGGGCAAAACCAAGAGCAUCACGCCCACGCUGCUGGAGCAGAGCCGAAACCAGCUCGCACAGGUGAGACAGUCUUUGGAUGGAGUGAUGGAGUAUCUGCUGAAUAACACCCCCCUAAACUGGCUAGUUGGGCCUUUUUCACCCCAGCUUACAGAGAAGAAGCCAGGAGCAGAGGAGCCCAGCUAUAAAACACUCCAUCAUUAAAAAGUGCCUUAAAUGAUUGUUUAAACCUUUUUCCCCACUAUGUUUAUACUGUUCAAUGAAUCAGUUGUAUGUGUUUACAGCGUAAUAAAUAAUUUGACCUUCUUAAUUGACCUAAAUGAUAAAUUUAAGUCGACUAAGUCUAAAGAUUUGUUAAUAAAUCAUUUUUUUUGCAUCAUAUUACUUAAUUAGACUGAAAUUGACCUUGGUAGCUAGUCAUCAGAAGGUUGCUGGUUCAAAUCCCACCACUGCCAUGGUUGCCACUGUUGGACAUUUGAGCGAGGCCCUUAAUCUUUAAUUUCUUGGACUGAAUUCAUUAACAGUUGUAAGAUGCUCUGGAUAAAUGUGACGUGAGUCACUAGUGAGUCAUUUGGCUGUAUCAUAUAAAAAAGUACGGAAUCGUUUGGUCUUAUUAAAGAAUUCAAAUGUGAAUCAUUUAGAUUCAUUAUGAAAAUCGCAUCUGAAUCAUCUGUCUUCAUAAUAAAAUUCACCAUUGAAUCGUUUGGCUGUAUCAUAUAAAUUAGUAGUGAAUCAUUUGGCUUUAUUAAAUAAUUCAACGGUAAAUCAUUUAGAUUUACAAUAAAAUCACUUGUGAAUCGUUCGGCUGUAUUAUAUAAAUUGGUACUGAAUCAUUUGGAUUCAUCAUAAAAAUCGCCUGUGAAUCAUCUGUCUUCUUAAUGAAAUCAAAUAAAACAUUUUGAUUAUAUAAAUGAGCACUGAAUUAUUUAGCUUUCACAUUUAAAUGUAAGGGCGUAUUAUUUUGCAUUCUGAAUGAUCCUGAUGAAAUAUUUAGCCUUAUAAUUUAAUAGUAUGAAGGGAAUUAUAACUGAAUCUUACUACAAAAAGCAACUGUAAAUAAACAUUACCAUAUAAACUAAGUUUACUCUUACUGGGUAUUUUAAAUAUGUUUAUUUAAUGUUUACAAGUCCACAGUUAGUGAACUGUAUUAUGUUGCACCUUAUGAAAGUGUAAUAAUUUUGCUCACUUAAAAUUAAUAUUUAGUUUGCAUCUGUUCUGCUCUUUAGUAAUACUAUAAUACGACACAUCAGUAAUUGUACUAUUGUUAUUAUAAUUAUUAUAUAAAAUAAAAACAUAUUCUGAAUGUUGUAUUGGUACAGCACUUUUUGUUUUGGUCCAGGACCUGCAGGAGUGUAAUUAAAUACAUUUGUGUAAAAACAACAUGAUUAAAUCAUAUUAAAAUGUC